UAGUAAGUUGUGGGUAGCCGUAAUAUUUCACUUCAACCUCACAAAGAAUCUGGCUUUGGACUUAAACUUGGAGUGAUCUCUUUGACCACCUGCCAGUGUACCUGCUUCACUUCCUUUCACUAUUUAAGGUAGGCUGUCACUGCCUGUAGGCUUCACAGCGGACCACCUAGGCUAUUUGCAGUCUAUAUAUAAAUACUUUCAUUCCAGACCUCUUUCCUUUUCUUAUAUCUCUUCCUCCACAACAACAACACUACUCGUCGACUUCUCGGUCUCUCGUCCCCAACUCUACAGAGCCAGUUUUAUAUGAUACCGCGCUUCCAAAUCCGCACAAUGUCUUCCAGGCUCAUUGCCGUGAAGGACAUGCCUUCAAUUGCAACCCUUUACAGAUCUGGCCAGCUUCGCCCCUCCUCGACCCCAGAUCUGCCAAACCCAAACCAGCAGUACAACGACAAGAUCUGCACCAUCCAGGCUGACAUCACAAAGCUGCAAGUCGAUGCCAUUGUCAAUGCUGCAAACAGUGGCCUUCGUGGAGGAAGCGGUGUAGAUGGAGCUAUUCAUAAAGCUGCUGGUCCAGGCCUUUUGAAGGAGUGUGCCACACUGGGCGGAUGUGAAACGGGCUCUGCGAAGGUUACCGAAGCCUACAAUCUUCCCUGCAAGAAAGUCAUCCACGCUGUCGGUCCGAUCUUCCACAGCAUCGAAAAGUCCGAACCUCUUCUCCGUUCUUGCUAUAGAACCUCCCUCAGUCUUGCUGUUGAAAAUGGUUGCCGCACCAUUGCUUUCCCAGCAAUCUCAACUGGUGUUUACGGUUAUCCCAGCGAUGCAGCUGCUCUUGCUGCAGUUCGAGAAGUCUACUCGUUUCUGAGGACUCCAGAGGGACAUAAACUCGACAAGAUUGUCUUCUGCAAUUUCAUGGACAAGGAUGUGAAGGCUUAUGCCGAAGUGCUGCCAAAGAUUCUCCCCCCAACAAAGGAUGACCUGUCCCAUACAGAGCCGUCCGAGGGCAAUCUUUGAACCAAUACAAGAGGAACCUGAACCCCUUGCUGUCCGAAGCGAGGCCGAUAAGAGCAUAGUCCCUGUCAAGAACCGCGAUAGGACGAUUGCUAAGGAGACUGAGUAUGCUGCAAUUGACGAUCUGAAGGAGCAAGUCAUACAGGACGAAGAGGCGAGGCAUGAGGGGAAGUACGUGUGCACGCACGAAGACCUUUACAGAAUCGAUGAUCCGCGCAAUCACGGUCUCUGGCCAAACAAUGCUUACGUUUGCAUAUGUCAAUCAUACUUCAUCCAGGCACGCAUCACGCAUAAACCCGCCAUUGGUCGUGGAGAUUUCCGCCGGUUCUGAGAAACGAACAAGGGCAACAUCUAUCAGACCGAGCUGAUUUUGAGACGGGUAACACAAUUGGCACACUUUUGUGGCUUAGGAGGCUUGUUUCUGCCGCCACAUUCUCCUCACAUCAUCUUUCACCAAUUCCAGCACCUAAGACCAUAGAUGACCAGUUUGAGUUUGGAUCUUUCUGAAGUGCUAUGAUUGCAGAUAUUGAUCUGCCCUAAAGGGCGAAAAACUUCACUCCUAGCUAGCAACAAUUAAUUACUAUCAAGCAAAUCCCAAAUGGCAACUUGAAAUCUGUA